GAAUAAACUUUUUUUGAACAUUUAUAUAUGUAUUUAUUAAAUGGAUGUCUCCUGACUUAUUCCAACGAUCUCCAGACUUUCUGAAAUUUUGAGUUGGCAACUCUAACAUCUAGACAAAAUGAAAUUUUUCUCAGAUUCAACCUCAAUACAAGCAUAAUUAAAAAUUGAAAGUGGGUAUUUAUUUCUUACAAAUUAGUGCAAUUACGUAGCACUCAUUCGAUUAAUUAUUUUUCACUGGUAUCUAUAAAACGUUAUUAUUGGUUUGGAUCAUUUUCUGUUUUUGUUUUUCCGCGAUGUGCAGUAAAACGAGGGGAAUAUUAAGUGACGCAAGUCGUUAAUUAUCCUUUUGUUAUGAUUGUUCGUGAUGUAGACCUUAACCUUCCGAAAUGUGUUCUUCGAAUCCGCCGAUUUAUUUGCACAAGCAUCAAAAUUGAUUUACAACACUCACAACUAACUAUUAAGAUCAAAGCAGACAAAUUACAGUCAUAAAUUGAUCACGCGCAUCUUUGUCGAGCAAUAAUAUGUUUAUAAUUUGUUAAAGAGAGAUAGAAGUACAAAAGCGUGCAUAAAUCCUACCAAAAACACUUGUCGGUGUUUAUACUGAACGACUACAAGCUGUCUGGUGUUAAAUCGUUUUCAAAUAGCGAUCAAACGCGUGUUUGUUUGAAAAGAGAUGGCCACUAUUGUAUCUAUUGUUAAAGACGAAAAUGGGGGUAGUUUAGAUUUACCCGAAGAAGAAUCAGUCGCAUCCAGCAGCUUGUAAGAGAAGCAAGUCAAUUGGAGAGAGAUUAAUUCUACUGCGUAAAGAGAGACGAAAAGAAAAAAGUCAAUAAAGUGCAUGUUAUUAGUGUUGUUUGUUUCGUUAAGAUUAUGAAUAAAGUUUAAUAACGGCUAGUAAAAUGACUUUUGUGGACUCUGGCAACGGCCACGAUUAAAAAUGAAACAGUUUUUAAAUAUGGAAUCAUUGCGUAUCACGUCAAUUCUGGUACUUCUUUACACCUGUUCGGUUUCUUCGUUUCCGUCUCGUCCAUUAAACGAAAGAUCAGCCGAUUUGGCUUGGCAGGCCUGGUUACUAGUUGACGAUCAAAAUCAAGAGAAAAACUACGGCGCUGAAGCCCUUGGACGUCGCAGAAUCACCCCCAAAUCAGUAUUUAUUGCACCCACGUUCAGUCCGGAAAGUUUGCCGCCCUGCGCCAGUGGAUAUCAGUCAGAUAGCAUGGGACGGUGUGUGAAAUUGAUUGAAAUUGAUCAGGAAGCUCAUCUCGAUUUUCUUUUGCAAAAAUUGAACGAAAGAUUCGGAUAUGAAGAAUAUUCGAGAGAAGAGGAUGACGAAAAGUCACCGUCGGGUCCCGUACAACUGAACAUCCCCCUAGACGAGACGCCCACAGGAGUAGAAAGUGAAUUGGAAAAGUUUGAAGAAAAUAUUGACGUUGCCAUCGUUGUGACACCCACGAAUGGAAGGUUCAGUUUCGACGGUGACGAUGAGAAUGAUGACAUCAAGAAGAAUCGGAAAAAGAGUGGAGAGGAGUUUAACGAUAUGAAAAAUGUAAGAAAUUCAAAUCACGAAGACCUCACCAUAAAAUCAGAAAAUUUUCCGCUUAUACCUGAUGAUAUCAAUCCGACCACCAAUCCUAUCAAAGCAUUGACUGAUUUGGGGUAUUCCAUGGACAGAACAACUGUCUACGAAAGAACUGAAUCUGCAGGCCUGAAUACAGAAGACGCCACUACAGAGUCUCUACCAACCGAAACGGCUACUAAUACUCAACAGGCUCUAUUCUUUCGUGAACCCGAAGAAACCGAGGACCGCAAUUCAAACUCAAAUAAUGUAGAGACAACAACAAUUGACAAUACAGCAAGCAAACAAAAUGACCCUAAUCGAUUUAUCGAUCCGCUCAAUAUGAGAACAACGACCGAUUCGCUAAGUACAAAUACCGAAUCAUCAAUUCAGAAACGAACGACAGAACAAUAUCAGGAAACUGACACAGAUUUACCCGAACAUCAUAGACGUCACAAUUUCCAUCACGAUCACGAUCGCAUAAACGAAUUUCGAACAAGUACGUAUCGUCCACAUGUAUCAAUACGAUUUCCCCUAACCGACAUUGAUACUACGACAACGAAAAAAAACCUCGAAAAUUCUUAUCACCAGAACAAACCUAUACAUAAUGUACAAAUGUACGCAAACAGAUUCCAGCAUCUGCCCACAACGCAAAAAUAUAUUAAACCAGGAGAAACUGUCGAUGCUGGAAACACACCACGGCCAGAAUUCGUCUUCAAAAAUAGGGAUCCCUUGGCAGAUGAAAAUUUUCGAAGAAGCCUAGGGAUCGAACCGGAAUAUGACCGUUUCCAAAUAAAGACCGAAGAGCAUAGUAAUUUCCCUUCUAAAACUAGGAGAAAUAUUGAUAACAGGAAAAUUAAUACCUGGUUCUUAACUCCAGCAGAUUUAACUAAUUCUAGUCCGCACAAACCUCUAGUAUUCAGAUUCCCUCACAAAAGUGGUAGUAGACGAUUAUUAUCAGAAACUUUACAACAACCGCAAAAAACAAUUUACAGGGAAAUGUCGCCUGAAGACCUUAAAGUGCUUUUUGGAAAUCACAGACACAAACGGAAGUCAGAAAGAUGAUCCAAACUUUUUAGUAUUGUAUUGUCAUUGAAGUGAUUUUAAGGUGAGGAGAUUAGAAAAUUUCCAGUUACCUCACUAUUAUUGUAAGUUUAAUAAUGUGUUUGCAAAGUGUACACUUUUAUUUAUUUACAUUUCUAUAUUAAAAAAUGUAAAGAAAACUACUAAACCUACUUAGUUAUCACUGUGACAUCUAACAACUUGCGCAUACACCGAUCAGUUUUAGUCACUAUGUAGCACCACCAAUCGUUGACCCUACGAUGCAUGAUUUUGAUGAUAAAGCUGGAUUUUUCCAAUUUCUAUGUAAAUUGUAGAUGAUGCUGAUUAAUGUAAAUAUAGUAUUUCGUAAUCACUUAAGUAAAUACUAGAAUAAUGAUUUUAUUUAUUGAUUGUAAAUUUUGCGUAUUAAUGCCCUACCUGCCCACUAGUAGUAAUUAUUAAUGUACUAAUCUAGAAUAGUAUAUUUAUUUAAUUUAGCAUUAUUUAUACGACAUGUGUAGCACUGUGUACCUGGUAUAUCUAACUUGUAAUUGAUUUUUAUCGCUGUACGACUUGUAUUAUUAUGUAAAGUGUAAAGUUAACAUUUAUAAUUAAAAUAUUACUGUACUGUCUAUUAA